CGGACGAUACUCUCGUCUUCUGAGGCUGAAAACGAUCUUAAAUUAAAGAAUGGACACCGUAGGAGAGGACGAACCGGACCCUAUAAAGCUCAAGUCCAUCAAGAACAAUAAAACAUUCACAGUGCCUCAAAGUGAUAGGUUUGGGAGCUGCAGAAGUGUCAGAGAGUUCGAGAAACUCAACCGCAUAGGAGAAGGAACUUAUGGCAUUGUGUACCGAGCCCGAGACACCAAGUCAGAUGAGAUUGUAGCAUUGAAGAAGGUCCGGAUGGACAAAGAGAAAGAUGGGAUCCCCAUCAGUAGCCUCAGAGAGAUCACGCUGCUGCUGAGGCUGAGACAUCCCAACAUAGUGGAGCUGAAAGAAGUGGUUGUUGGCAGCCAACUGGAGAGUCUGUUUUUGGUGAUGAGUUACUGUGAACAGGACCUGGCCAGUCUUCUGGAAAACAUGCAGACACCGUUCUCUGAGGCUCAGGUAAAGUGUAUUGUCCUUCAGUUGCUCAGAGGCUUGGGGUAUCUCCACCACAACUUCAUUAUACACAGGGACCUGAAGGUGUCUAAUCUGCUGAUGACAGACAAAGGCUGCGUUAAAAUCGCUGAUUUUGGGUUGGCCAGGAUGUACGGCAUCCCCCAGCAGCCCAUGACGCCUAGAGUGGUCACGCUGUGGUACAGAGCUCCAGAGCUCCUCCUAGGGACCAAGACCCAGACUACAGCUCUGGACAUGUGGGCUGUAGGCUGUAUCCUGGCUGAGCUGCUUGCUCACAAACCUCUGCUGCCCGGAACCUCUGAGAUCCAGCAGGUCGACCUGAUAGUUCAGCUGCUGGGAACACCCAAUGAAAACAUCUGGCCGGGUUUCUCUCAGCUGCCCCUCAUUGGUCAGUACAGUCUGAGGAAGCAGCCGUACAACAACCUGAAGAAUAAAUUCACCUGGCUGUCUGAUGCUGGACACAGACUGCUCAACCUGCUCUUCAUGUACAACCCACAGCGCAGAGCUACUGCCAAAGAUUGUUUGGAGAGUUCCUACUUCAAAGAGAAACCCCUACCCUGUGAACCAGAGCUGAUGCCAACCUUCCCCCACCAUCGCAACAAGCGGGCUGCUCCUCCGUCAGAGAGCCACUCGAAACGGAGCAAAGUGUGAUGAAGAUGGUAAUGAUGAUGAGACAUUUGACUCAGAGACGACCCUGUGAUGGUGACGUUCUCAGGAAUGUGCACUCAAACGAUGGACGUUGGUUUCUGUUCACACUGCGCGCAUGGAACGUGGAUCUGCGCGUGAGGAGGUUUUACUGUGGAAUUUUGAGCAAAUGCAAGCCAGUUCAAUUAGUAUCAGUUUAAACACAACUGAAGCCAACUAACUCUGGCACAGAUCAACACAUUGCUUGCAUUAUAAUGCUGCAGAGAUCAUGUGAUAAUUUAAAAAGGCUGUGACGGCACAUUCUGCAAUGUAGAUCCAGUUGUUUGCAGCACUGUGUACUGCUUAUAGGCUUAGUAGUCUCUUCUGUUAGGUUUCUGAAGUAUUUCUUCAUAAUAUUCGUAUUGCUGCUAUGGUCUGCAUACUAAAUAAGGUGAAGGUAAUGAGGACAAAGUUGCCUUGACAAAUAUGCUGAGGCAUUGCGUCCUUUGUGUUGAGCAUUUGUCACAUUUGAGAUGUGCUAUUAUAACUGUCUCUGCUAUUCUGUGAUCAGUUUCGAUCCUAACAACAAAACGAUAAAAACUGUGACUUGCUUGAGUUCUGCCCACAGUUACGCUUGGGUCUGUGUGAAGACCUCUCAGGAGCUGUUAAAACCGUACUGGCGAAAAACCCAGUUUGUGGCUAAAUAAAUGGAAUGGCAGUCAGGUUUGAUCCUCACAACCAUCAGUAUGUGUGGAUGACCAGUUAUGUGUCCUGUCAAAGUGUCCUUGAGGUGAAAUACUGAACCCCUGAAUCUGCUCGCUUAUUAGUUAGUUGUUAACGGAAUAGUUGGACAUUUUGGGAAAUACGCUUAUUCGCUUCCUUGGAGAGAGUUAGGAUUGAUACCACUCACGUACGUGAGAGUGGUAUCAAUUUUCUCAUCUAGCUUUGGGCAAAAAAGUGAAUAAGCAUAUUUCCCAAAAUGUCAAACUAUUCCUUAAGGAGCCUCAGCCUGAAUGCCCAAAACGUACUGUAAAUGAACAGUUGCCUCAUUAGUACUAAUCACUGAGAAGUGGUGUUAACUGGUAGACUUGUGUUUGAUACCUGGCAGUCAAUAAACAGAGGUAGAGCGCAUGGAAGUAAUUGCCUCAGACUGGGAUAGAUACUGAAAAUGUCACUGUAGAGCCUCUAAACAUUUAAACCAUCAGCUAUUGAACAUAAUAAAAAUAUCAAACCAGCAA